AAAGAGCUCCUUUUCUCCCGCCUCUCAGCUGAUCCGCGGGUGGGCGAGGCUUCCACGGAGGCCUCGUGUAGGCCUCUGUGAAGCCUGAACUCCAGUAGGGCCCAAGCCAGCCAGGAAGGAGGAGGCAGCCAGAGUGGCCACCACUGGUCUCUGCAGCAGAAGACCCCUUGCUGCCAGCGUUCGGUUCCCAGUCAUUGAGAGUCUGUGCUGAGGCCUCGUUAGAGACGCACCACCAUUCCUGAUUUCGCGCCCGCGCCAUGCAGCUUUCCUAUCUUUCGCACGGCACAACCCUAGGAAAGUUUUCUUUCUCCUGCGCGCAAGGGCAGCCGCGUCACCGCGGCGGGAGGGAGCGCUAAUGGCCAACCAAGGUCGGAGGGGAAGGACAGGAGAGGCCGCGCGCCUGAUGCUGGGCCCAAAGCCAAGUGCACGCGCUGGCCUGCUAACUAACCUCUCUCUUUCUCAUUCCCCAGCUCCUUCAGCUGGGUCCGGCAUGAGGGAGGAGGAGGAGGAGGAAGAAAAGAGUCGCUUGCUGCCUUGGUAGCGGCUGGGACGCUGGGAACACUUCUCUCUCUCUCCCCCCCCCCGCCUCCCCCGUUCUCCUUUGUUGCUGGGUUAAGGACGACAAGAGCGGCCUCAAUGCAGCGCCCCAGGAGAAUAGCGUGGGUCGAGAGCCCGGCAGACUCCCGGGGGGCGAAAGUGGGCGCUGGGCAGACGGAAAGCGACGCCACCUCUCCUUCCACCGAGGAGGAGGAACAGGGGGCGCCCCCUCCGCGAAGAGGCAACCAAGUGCGCGAGGAGUUGGAAGAGACGGCUGCGGGGGCCGAAGACGACCAGCCGCUCCUCAGGGGCAUCUUCGAGAUCGGAAAGAAGAGCUGCGACGUGGUGCUGAGCGCCAAGCGGCUCCACUGGAGCCCCAUCCAGCCCGAGAGCCCCGUAGGUGGUUCCAGUGUGGGCUUGCAGCACAAAGAGGAAUAUGUUGAAAUGAAGGAUGUGUUUUCCAUAAAACUGAAACGCCGUCGUUCUAUUGGACAGCAAAAAGGUGGCUUGUUACUAGGCAUCACAAUUUUUGUGUGCGUAAAAAGAGGAAAUAAACUUAAAGAUUCCAUCAUCAAUCUGAGUAAUUUAAGUGAAGACCACUGUCACUUGUGGUUUAGAUGUCUGAAGGAAAUUUUGAAUGGCUUUCCAAGCAGACCAAAGUUAUUAAAAGUGUUUGUUAAUCCUAGUAGUCAUAGAAGAGAGGCUAUUCGCAUUUAUUAUGAACAAGUUGCACCUCUCUUUAAGCUUGCUGACAUCAGAACUGACGUUACAGUUACUGAAUAUAAAGGACACGCUCUUGCAGUACUUCAGGAAUGUGACCUAAAAUCAUUUCAUGGGGUUGUUUGUGUAGGUGGAGACGGGACUGCCAGUGAGGUGGCUCAUGGUCUUUUGCUUAGAACUCAGAUCGAUGCUGGAAGGGGCAGUGAUGAUAUACUUGUUCCAGUCAGAGCACAAGUUCCUCUUGGAAUAAUACCAGCAGCUUCAAAGAGGCCUGCGUGGAGGCCUCUCUGGAAGCCCUACCCACCCGCCGAAGAGUUAGAAGUGGGGAGAGACAGAACUCUGGCAGCUUGCCUGGGAGCCUUUCAAGCUGCACAACAAAAGAGCAACAGUCUCCAAGUGACACUAUCUGGAAUCUACCAGAGAGGUUCUACAAAUAUUUUGGCACAUACUCUGAAUGGAAUCCAACACACACUAACUGCAGCAAUGCACAUAAUAAUGGGGAAUCUUCAAGCAGUGGAUGUGUGCACUUUCAGUAGUCCAACGAAAUUGCUUCGCUUUGGUUUCUCUUCUAUGUUUGGUUUUGGAUCAAGGACUCUAGCUUUGGCUGAAAAGCAUCGUUGGAUGCCAUCAAGUCAGCGAAAAGAUUUUGCUGUGAUCAAGACACUGGCAAACCUGAAGCCAGAAGAUUGUGAGUUAUCAUUCCUACCAAUGAAGCACUCACAGGAAGGUGUCAAGGAAAAUGAUAGAAAGAAGCAAGAGCCCCUUAAAUCUGACAAAAAGGAUCAGUGGUGCAGGAUCCAGGGUCACUUCCUGAAUGUGAGCAUUAUGGCAAUCCCUUGUCUCUGUUCAAUGGCACCAAGAGGCUUGGCACCUAAUACCAGAGUGAAUGACGGAAGUAUAGCUCUUAUUAUUGUGCGAAACACUUCUCGUCCAGAGUUUGUAAAACACCUGAAAAGAUAUGCCAGUGUAAAAAACCAGACUAAACUAUCAAUUCUGCUACCACUGUGGAAGUUAUUUUUGUCAGAGAAACACAAUAUCUCUGACUCAGUAAGUUUGAUGAUAUUACAGGGCUCAGGCAAAGAGCCUAUGGAGAGAACAGUCGAUUCCUUAAUAAUGUCCUUCAAAGAAGUGGGUUCCUUAACAACCUCAUUGAAAGAAGUCCUCAAGGACACUUGAACUGACUGAUAAGGAGCAGAUAUAAACACUUAUAGAACAGAUUCCACAGUUUUGAAGCAAAAUGGAAGGCAGCAAAAAGCCUUUUUUUAAAAAAGGCGAAGCACUUUAUUCAAGAAGUGAAUUCAGAUCUGUCAGCACUUUAUUUGUAUCCAUCCGCACUAUAUCCAGAUCCGUUGGCAGUUACAUGCAGUCUCUGUCUUUUUACUCAAGAGACGGUCAGUGUCAGGUGAUGUCAGAAGGAAGAGAGCCAACAGAGAGAGAUUCCUGGUGCAGCUGGUGAAUCAUCAAAUGCCAGAUCCCUUCUCUGAAGAUUGCUCUUUGUAAAAAGAGUAAAUUACUAAGUAUGGCUUAGAUGGCUGGAGUCCACAUAAUUCAACAGUCUGCUUCUGUGACAGGUCCUGCAUUUGAAGUUUUGACUGUGCAAAAUCACAGAAGGGGAGUAGCAGUCCCCAUUAUGGUGGGGAACAUGUGUGACCAAACCCAGCACCAGUUCCAGGAACUAUUUGAAAACUUGGGUGUGUCUAUAUAAAGUUCAAGAUGAUGGUGUAGGGAUCUUCUGUUUGACAUCUGUGAGAUGCUUCCACUGUUGAAUGUGGCCUUGGAUGGCUGAGGAGGACUGGCAAUGAGUCACUACUGACCGAGUGACAAAAGGCUGCAGAAUGAAUAGUUCAGCAUGGAAAUCGGAUGCAUUUGUAGUGUUAUCUUUCAAGAUUGCCAGUUCUCAGGCUGUAGUUGACCAGUAGAAAUGUUUCCUAUGGGAGAAGGUAUCUGUCCUUGUGUUACAUUUUCCAGAACACAACUUAAAAGUUAUUCUGUAAAGAGACAUUUUGUUUGUCAAGGCAUCUGCUGGAUGCAGCAAGACAUGCUAUAGAUGCUGCUUUGUGGGCAAAAAUACAGCAAUUAUGAAAAGACAACAUGCGGGUUACGAGCAAUUACUGUGAGUACAGAAGGUAAAAUACAAGUUGAGGAUUUACCCUUUGAGGUGUCAGUUCAUUCAAUGUCAGCUGAUAAAUGCCUUAAGAAGCUGGAAGGAUGAUAGAAUUACAGCCAGAUCCUUUGGAAUAUUCCUAACUUUCUACAGAAGACAUUGCAAAGGCAUCAGACUCCUUACUGGUGAUAUUGUUAAUUUGAUAUUUUUA